CCUGGUCGCGUCUUCGCGCGCUCUGCAGGCAGACUUCGGGCGAUCAUGCCGCCCCGCCAGCGUUCGCCCACGCCGACGAGAGACUUCUCCGAGCCAGAUGAUGACGCACUUGAGGACGACUCGGCGGAGGAUGCAGAAAAAGAGCAAGCCGCCAAAGACCUAGAGACGCACCUUCUGCAACUGUUCGCCCGAGGCGUCAUGGGCGCCAAGUCCGUUUGCAUUGCGUUCUACCACGCGCAAAGGGCUGGCGCUGGGGGAGGCAACCUGCGCGCGCAUGCGAAGGGGCCUGGGCUCGCCUCGGGGAGCUACAGCAAGCACCUCAUGAAAGUGCUCCCGUCGUCUAGCGCGGAGCUUGUCAACAUCAUGGUUCCUCUUCGCGUCGGCGGGGCACGGUCGAAGCGGCCAGUGCUGGUGGCCCCUCCCCAUGAAGUGCUCGCACAAGAGCACGAAUCUGACAUCGCUGCGUUCGGCGACCCCGACGCCGUUUCGGACUGGGCCGACACGUGCGAGAACCACCCCUUCCGCCACAUCGCGGGUGACAACAGGGACGUCGUCCCCGCCGCCAUGUACAUGGGCGGAAUCAGGUACACCCACAGUACGCUGGCUGGGAAGCAGGACAGCCUGAUCGGCAUCUUCUGCUACAGCCUGCGCCGCCGGAACCGCCACCUCUUGGCGGUGCUCUCCAAGAAGGACAUGUGCAA